AUGGUUAUACUUAACACCCGAGUAUUUUGGCCGCAAAUAUUUUUGUGACACCAUUUAGUGUUAGAGAAGGACAUCAUCAUCAACAACACCGACAAUAACAACCAAAGUGAAGACCAAAGAGAUUUCGUGGCAAUCAUUGGAUUACGAAGGAGUAGGAGAAGAAGGAUUAGGAGGAGGAGUAGGAAGAAGAGACAGAAGAGUACGAAGACGUGGAAGCGAUUCGCAGAGAGUUUUGAUGCAAAAGAGCAGAAUAUCGGCAGUAAAUCGUUUGGACAACUGCUAUGACUCUCGUGGUUCGCUUACCGACGACAUUGCCGCACAUCAUCAUCACCUACAACAACAACAACAACAACAAUAUCUUCAUCAUCAGCAGCAGCAGCAACAACAACAACACCAUCAGCAUCAACAACAACAUCAGCAGACAUUCCUUCAUCAGCAGCAUAGGUCAAGAAUGGCUGUGAUGUCUGAAGUGGAGGAACAGGAGAGAAAAAUUGUCAACGAGUUCUGUCAUUUUCUCGAAAAGUCCAAACAAUUGUUCAAUGGGCUCAGAGAUUUACCACAAUAUGGACACAAACAAUGGCAGCCGUAUUUUGGCCGCACUUUCGAUAUCUAUACUAAACUAUGGAAGUUUCAACAGCAGCACAGACAAAUUUUAGACUCAAAAUACGGACUAAAGAGAUGGCAAAUCGGAGAAAUUGCAUCAAAGAUCGGACAACUUUAUUAUCAUUAUUAUCUAAGAACUAGUGAAACAAAUUAUCUGAACGAAGCCUUUUCCUUCUACUCUGCCAUCAGAACCCGUGGCUAUUAUAGCAAAGCAAGUAAAGAGGAAAGGGCUGACCUUAUGGUCAAAAAAUUACGAUAUUUCGCCCGAUUUAUCGUUGUAUGCCUUUUGCUCAAAAAGAUGAAAUUAGUUCGCGAUUUAGUGAGGGAAUUGGCCAAACAGAUUGACGACUAUACUAUGACCUACGACCCGGAGGACCAGCUCGAGUGGUCGCUUGUCUUAAGAGAAAUCAAAUCAUUUAUAGAGGCCGAUAAUAUAGUAACGGUAGUAGACAUGGAUAACAUACCGUUGAUUAUAUCUCAUCGAUUGAGUCCAUUGAAUACACCGCCUAUGGAAAAGCUGUCGUCGGGGACAACGGCGGCGGCGACCAAUCAUUUGGCUCUACAAGAGAUAUUGAUUGUCGGCAACUGUACGGAUCAGGUCAAAUUUAGUGAACUAACUCUAGAUAUGUUUCGUAUGCUCCAAGCGCUGGAAAGGGAGCCCCAGGAGGACAUCGCCCAGAUGUACGACAUUUCUCCAGCACCGGGUCGUAGUAUGCCUUUUACCGAUCAGAACGGCGGCGAUGGCCAUCGUUCAGCGUCGUCCGCAUCCAAAAGAGAUAACCCACACAAAUACCUUCUCUAUAAGCCUACGUUUAGCCAAUUUUUCGUAUUUCUCGCCUCCGGUUUCAAAGAGCUGCCGGCAAAUGGAGUCCUUUUGCUCUAUUUCUCAGCCGACGGCUGUUUCGUUAAUAGCAAACACAUUGAAGACGUUGGUUACGAUUACGGCGGCGUCAUUACAAAUCACAAACUACGGGACAGCAGUAGUAGUGGUAAUGUUGUCGAUCAUCAGUCGUCGUCGUCCGCAUCCGCGUCGGCUACCAAACGAAACGCUUUGCAAAAAGAUAUGCACUGUCUAUAUCCCGGCGAUCUCUAUCCAUUCAUACGGCGGCCACUGUUCAUCAUUGUCGACAGCGACAAUAGUACAGCCUUUCAGCACAUUCCCCGAUUUUUUGGCCAACCACUGGUCGUACUAAUGUCGCCGGAAGAGUGUCCGCCGCCAUUUCACGACCAACAACACAAGGGAUCAUUGUUUACAUUAUUUCUUCAUUGCCCGCUAACUGCCAUUUGUCUGAUAUCCAACAUUAUUGAACUGUCGAUACAGUUAUGGGAAAAAGGCCAACAACAGAUCGACCGGUUUAUUCAAGAAGCCGGCCGACUGUUGGUCAGGUCACGGGCCGUCGAUCCGGCAUUCAUACAGUUCUACGGCGACGACUUUCUUCGGCUACAGAUUUUGCGAUUUAUUUUCUGUUGUGUAGUCAUGAAAAUGCAUCGUCUGUUCAAAGGCCGACGAACCUAUUAUCCGAAAUCUCAUCCGCCGAUACCCGACAAUGAUAUUAUUGAUUCACCGUCGCUGAGACGUCUGAUAUUAGAAACGGCUGCCAUUCUUGACAUUCGCUCACUGUUUACGGAUGUCGAAGAAGAUGAAUGACAUUCAGUCGCUGUUGACAUGAUGUUUACACUGGCGUAGUGGAGGAUAGAGGGGAGA